AUGGCCGCCGACGAGCCCACCAAGCACGUCGCCAGGAAGCGCGCCAGAGCCGUCGCCAAGCCGAGCCACUCUGAGGCGAUCAACAAGGCCGUCAGGGAGAUGAAGUACGGGGCGGGCAAAGGAUCUUCGCUGGAUGCGAUGGAGACGUACAUCGGCGCGCAGUACAAGGUCGACGCUGAGAUGCUGGCUCCGUUGACAACUUCAUCGGACGCCAAGCCUAACGCCUCUGCGGCCGGUGCUAAGAGAAAGGCAUCGUCCGCGGCAGCUCCGGGACCACCUGCGAAGAUGGCGAAAUCGUCAAUCACCAAGGGCAAGAAGGCCACCGCUGCCGACAAGUAA